AUGGCAGAAAAUCCAAUUGAUCACAAAAAGGUAAUGAACAGAAAUUUGGCAGAUGAAAAUCCUACAGCUGUUGAAAUGACAUGCGCUCACUGCAAUUAAAUUCAAAGAACUGAUGUUAAACCUAAAGUAGGGUCAGGUACUUACAUAAUGUGUUUAAUUCUACAUAUACCUGGAUGCUGCUGUCUUCCUUUUUUAAUGGACAAAUGUAAAGACUAAGUACACUACUGCUCAAAUUGUUAAUCUUAGCUUGGAAAAUAUGAAUACAAGAUGUGUAAAUGA